GCUGCUGGGCGGCGGAGGAGCCCGUUCUUGCUGACGCUUCCUUCUCAGUCUCUGCGCCGGGAAGGAGAAGAGGAGCCAGGCGGACGCGAUGCUGCCUCCCUCCUCCGCCUGGGCCGCUCUCCUGCUCCUGCUCCUGCUCUUGCUCGGCUCCCCGGCCUUCAUGCUAAACGAUGCUAGUGAAGAUGGAAAGGAGGAGACUACGCUGCUGUCACAGACAGCUGAAAAAAGUGGAAACCCAAGUCAAAUAAGCCAAGAACUAAAAGAAAUUGUAUUUGUCAUCCAAAGUCAAAGGAAUUCUUUUCAUUUGAAGAAAGCAGAGGAGUUGAAACAAAAUAUUUUGAAUCAGGCUGCAGCUCUUGGAAAGGAGAUGCCCACUAUUCUGCUUAUUCAUCAGAUGGCCAAUGAGGGUGCAUGGACAAUUCUGCCUUUAAUGCAUGAGUUUUCUGUUACAUAUAGUAGAAACUCCUCCUGGAUUUUUUUCUGUGAAGAAGAUACAAGAAUACAUAUUAUAAGACUAUUGAAGACACUUGGAAGAUAUGACAAAUCUAAGGAAUUGUUUUUAGGUAAAGCAUUACAUGAUGAUGAAUCUACAAUAAUUCACCACUAUGCCUUUGCAGAAAACCCUACUGUUUUUAAAUUUCCAGAUUUUGCUGCUGGUUGGGCAUUAAGUAUCCCACUUGUAAAAAAGUAAGAACUCCCAUUUUAUAAUUCUCUUGUGGAGAUUCCUCCAAAUUCUCAGAUUCACAAAGAUGUAAAAUAUGAGAUUGCGCUAUAUAUCUGGGAAAAAGGGAAUGGGCCUCAUCUCACUCCAGUCCCUGAAUUUUGUACAGAAGACGUGAACUCGCCUGAUGCAGCUUUCUGCGCCACUACAUUCCUUCAUUUCCUUCCAUUUUGUGGAGAUCCUGUGAAGAAAAUGGAUAUCUUUGUUGCUGUAAAAACUUGCAGGAAAUUCCAUGGAGACAGAAUACCCAUUGUAAAACAGACCUGGGAAGGAGAGGCCACUCUUAUUGAAUAUUACAGUGAUUUUGCAGAGAGUUCAAUACCCACUGUUGAUUUAGGAGUGCCAAACACUGAAAGAGGUCAUUGUGGGAAGACUUUUGCCAUUUUGGAAAGAUUUUUAAAUCGUCCUGUUGCAACACCUUGGUUAGUCAUUGUGGAUGAUGAUACAUUAAUAAGCAUAUCUAGGCUCCAGAAAUUGCUCAGCUGCUAUGAUCCAAGUGAGCCAGUGAUUCUUGGAGAACGUUACGGCUAUGGCUUAGGAUCAGGAGGUUACAGUUACAUCACUGGUGGUGGAGGGAUGGUCUUCAGCAGAGAAGCAAUUCGGAGAUUAUUUGCUAGUAAAUGCCGGUGUUACAGCAAUGAUGCCCCUGAUGAUAUGGUCAUUGGAAUGUGCUUCAGUGGUUUAGGAAUUCCUGUAACACACAGCCCUCUUUUCCAUCAGGCUCGGCCAAUGGAUUACUCGAAGGACUAUCUUUCCCAUCAAGUUCCAAUAUCAUUUCACAAACACUGGAAUGUUGAUCCAGUGAAAGUAUACUUCCAGUGGCUGGCACCAAACGUGAGAGAAUUGCAAGAUGCUGACAGGCAUCUUAGGGAGGACUUGUAAUUCUGUAAAUACUUUAAUAUUUAAACAUUGUGUAAGCCUAACAUCCACUGAAUUGGUUAUUGUAUUUAUAAUGGUUUGCUACAGAAUGUUGUACAGAAUUGUAAAGUCAUGUUCCAGUAUCAUUUUUGGCAUACAUUCUUUGAAGCACCAGUAACAUGUAUCACAUAAUGAGGAAGAGCAGGUACGUAAUGUGGGAAGUAGGCUUAGACCUUUUGUUCUUUGUAACACUCUUUAUCAGUUUGCAUGCUGGGUUCAUGUACCAACUGGAGGGAGUGGGGCAAGAGCUGCUUUGAUCCCUAUGGGAAUCGACACCACAGAUAUUGUGUCCACAGUGGUACUGGAUCAUACCCUGAUUGUCUCCAUUCAGAAUACAUAUAUACAUGAUCGUAUAUAUGUUUGUUUAUUAGGUUUAGGGUUUGUAUAAUUUGGCUUUAGACUUUGGUAGCCAUCCAUCCAUCAUCUGUCAAAAACUAAGAAAUUAUUUUUAAAAAGUAGCAUCAACAACCUGUCUGUCUUUGUCUUCUCUUUGUCACCCUUACUCCCUCUCCUUUUUCUGAUUAUUUGUGGCAUAUUGCGGGGAGGUGUGUGCCUAGGAAUGAAAUAUGUCAAACUCCUUUAAGUUGUUAAGAAUUUUUUUGGUUCUUCAUCUGUACGUAUCUCUGAUCUGGAAAGAUAAGGGAACUCACUAUCACUGUGUGUUAAGUAUUCUAGAGCAGUGCUUCCCAACCUUUGGUCCUCUAGUUGUUUUGGAUUUCAUGUCCCAGAAAUCCCAGCCAUCUUAUCAGCUAGUAGGAAUUGUGGGAGCUGAAGUACAAAACACCUAGAGGACCAAAGGUUGGGAACCACUAUUCUAGAGAAAGUGUUAGUUGUCAUUGUCUUCUCUCUUGUAUUGCCGAAGGCUUUCAUGGCCGGAAUCAAUGGCUUGUUGUGAGUUUUCCAGGAUGUAUGACUAUGUUCCCGAAGCAUUCUCUCGUGACGUUUCACCUGCAUCUAUGUCAGGGAUCCUCAGAGGUUGUGAGGUCUGUUGGAAACUAGGAAAAUAGGGUGAAACAUUAAGAAAGAAUGCUUCAGGAACAGUCCGGAAAACUCACAACAACCGAGUCUUCCCUCUUGUCGACUUACACUUUUGAACAAAUAUAAUUUAUAGAUAAUUGAAAAUUAUCUAUGGCUACAAGAUGUCACUGACUACUUACACUCAGAAACCCUGAUUAAAAACAGAUCUUUUCAGAAAGUCUGGAUCUGUUAACAAAUACCCCUUACAUUUUCUGAAAUUAACAUGUGUAUAAAUCUCUUUUCUAUGUGCCUUUGGUGUAUGUACCUGGUAUAGUUGAGUAUAUUCAUAUUAAUUGAAGGUCACUGGCUAUGUUUAUAUUUUUCACUGCAAUACUGUAUGUUUUAUUUUCCUGUCAGGAGUGACUUGAGAAACUGCAAGUCGCUUCUGGUGUGAGAGAAUUGGCCGUCUGCAGGGACGUUGCCCAGGGGACACCCGGAUGAUUGAUGUUCUACCAUCCUUGUGGGAGGCUUCUCUUACCAUCCCUGCAUGGGGAGCUAGAGCUGACAGAGGGAGCUCAUUCCACUGUCCCUGGAUUUGAACUGCUGGCCUGCUGGAUUUAACUCAUUGUGCCACCAGGGGUUCCAGUUAAAAUUUUAUGUCAAAUGCUACAUAUUGAAAAUUGCUUCACUUUCCCUUCCUGUAUAAUUUAGUUUUGUUGAGAGUUAGGCUAAGCUAGUCGGGGUGGGGGACAUAUUUCACAAAUUAGAGGUGGUUCCCCACACAGAAACAAACACUGAUUUCAGUAAUUUUUUGAAGUAGGACCUGCAAAAUUGAGAGAAAUUGCUUGCUUCUUCAGAGCAGUAGUAGAAACCUUUCCUUCCCUCUGAUUUGUUGCCAUAAUGUACCUACAUAGCAAUACUAUAGCACCACAUUACCCACUAGAACAUUCAUGGAAUUAUUUCAGAAUAAUCCCAUGGUUGUUUUUAAAGGGCAUUAAUAUCACAGAACAGGAAACCACUAUAGGUGAUGGCGUAUAGUACAUAAAAGAUAAACUAAGCAUUCAUUUAAGCAUUCAUACCUCCACCAUCACUGCAAACUCUCCAUCCCCCCCCCCCCAGCCCAUUUGGUGGGUAAAAAUUCAGUGCAGCUCUAAUAAUGAAUUUGACGUGACAUUCUGACUUUUAUAACAACAUGUGUUGACUUGAAUGCAGAUUUGAAAACUUCAGUGUAAUGUUUCUUGCUAUACCAAAUACGAGAUCUUAAAGCCAUACUUGUUUUCAUACAUGUUUAACCACUCCAUUAGUUUUCAGAGUAAUGUAGUUUUUGCCAUUGGCCUAAAUGUGAAAGAAAUUGCUCUUUCGGGAAUUGUUAAGAGCAAUAUGCACAUACGUGAAUGUAACUUGGCUUUUGUAAGUGUAUGAUAGAUGAACACAUUCAAAAUGGGCAAAUGUUUUGAGUUGGAAGAACCAGUUCUUUCCCUUUGUUCCUUCUCUCAGUGCCUUAUACUAUCGAUAUUUCUACUGGUAGCCAAUAUUCUAUGUGUUUUUGUACCAUUUGGAGUGUAUUGUUAUUUAUGUUCACUGCUUUAAAACCAUAUAAAUGGAAAGUAAAAUAAAACUGAAUUGUUUAAAAUGGAAUAA